UUGUUGACCGAAACCCUCUUCAGGCCUCUUUCUAACUCACAACGUAGAGAGAGCGAAGAAGCACAAGGGGAAAACACAAAGGCAACCAAGGCUUCCAUCUCCGCCUCCUCCCAGCCAAUCAAACCAUCGAACCCGGAUCGCUGACGUGGCAAUAUUUUUUGUAAAAUCCCGCCUAAACCCCUCCACUUUCAUUUCGUGCGCAAUUGAAUUUCAAUUUCCACCAUUUCUCUCUAUCUCUUCUCUCAUCUCCCUUCCCCUCCUCUUAAUAUCUCCGCCUUUCAGCGUUAAAAGCGUCCAUUUCAUUCCCCCCUCCUUCCUUCCUUCCUCCUCUCCUCUCUCUCGCUCGCUUCCAAAGAACCCUAGCUCGCCGGCAGUUGUCGAUUCAGAAUUUACGAUGAAGGGAGGUAAAUCCAAGUCUGAUGUCAAGAACACCAAGUUGUCGGUGACUAAGAAGCCUGCUAAGCCGACGAAGAAAGCCGGUAAAGCAGCUAAAGACCCCAACAAGCCCAAGAGGCCACCAAGUGCCUUCUUCGUCUUCAUGUAAUUAUCCCCUCCCCCUUCCCACUCUGUAGAUCCUUCUCCCAAGUUGUUUAGGGGAAUUUUGAUUGGUUUUUAGGGUUUAUAGUUAAUCCUGUGAAUUGGUAAAUUGAUGGAGGAGUUUUUAGUUUUGCUUGCCUUCUGAUUCAUUUGGCCGUGUGUUUGUUUAGAUGGUUUGACUAUUUGGUGUGUGCUAGGUUUUCCUUGUAAUGAUUGGCUUUUGCUUUCACGACUGUAGGGAAGAGUUCAGGGAGACCUUCAAGAAGGAGCACCCCAAAAAUAAAUCAGUUGCAGCUGUUGGAAAAGCUGCUGGAGAAAAAUGGAAGUCCUUGACCGAUGCUGAGAAACAACCCUACAUCUCCAGAGCUGAGAAGAGGAAGGCUGAGUAUGAGAAGAAGAUGAAGGCCUACAAUAAGGAACAGGCUGAGGGACCCAAGGAUGAAGAGGAGUCUGAGAAGUCGAUGUCCGAGGUUAACGAUGACGAGGACGAUGAAGAAGGCAGUGGAGAGGAGGAUGAUGAUGAGGAGUAGAGAAUGAACGGAGAAGAAUAGAGCUUUAGUCAUGUAGGCUGUUUACAAUGUACCCUUGGAAAACAUGUCUAAUGGCUGGAUGGAUAGUUUCCCUUGUUAAUUAAUUUUUCCCAGUUACUACCCCACUUGUCUCUCCAAAGAGGAUGGCAUCUCUUCUCCCCCAGCUUGUUCAUCCUCCUUUGUAAGGAGUUCACUGUCGGUUGCGCUGUAGUUUGUUGUAGAAGUGGGGAGAUCGAAUCUAUCUGUAAUCUGAAUCAAGGUUUAAUGAUUUAGCUGAAAUGGUCCUCUUCUGUAGAUUCUGAACUCGAUUUCAUGUUGUUAUAGUCUCCAGUGGCUUCUUGUCUUCUGUGUUCAUUCUUUCAGGACUUGUUGUCCCCCAACUGUUUUCUGGAAUGUGAUCUAGAUGUGUGGAUAUUUGUUUAUGUGAUUAACCAAAGAUAAUGAUUGGCUUCACCUUGGAAGUCAGAUAAUGUUUGUCAUUAUUGCAGAGGUUGGUGAAUUGCUGUUUGUAGUCUAUGUUCUGUCAGUGGAGGGUAACAAACUUCUGAACAGUUGCAG